AUGGAAAAGGCGAUGGAGAGACAAAGGAUUCUGCUUCACCAUCUUCAACCUUCUUCGUCAUCUUCCUCCUCACACUCCAACUCCCACACUCUCUCUAGCACAAAGGACUGCACUUUGCAAGGCAAAACGUGGCAGCUUCAAGGAUACAUAUCCAGACGAGUUGCUUCUGCUACUGCUUCCGGUAUAUUUAAGGAUGAAAUUAUCCCCGUAAACACCAAGAUUGUUGACCAAAAGACAGGUGAUGAGAAACUCAUAACAGUUUCUGUGGAUGAUGGGAUUCGACCUAGCACAACCCUUUCCGGUCUUGCAAAGCUGAAGCCUGUGUUUAAGAAAGACGGAACCACAACUGCUGGAAAUUCUAGCCAAGUAAGUGAUGGUGCAGGAGCAGUUCUCCUCAUGAGGAGGAGUGUCGCAAUGCAGAAAGGCCUUCCUAUUCUUGGUGUAUUCAGGACAUUUGCUGCAGUUGGUGUGGAUCCAGCGAUAAUGGGGGUUGGACCAGCUGUUGCGAUUCCUGCUGCAGUCAAGGCGGCUGGUUUAGAACUCGAUGACAUCGACUUGUUUGAGAUUAACGAGGCGUUUGCAUCUCAAUUUGUUUAUUGUCGGAACAAGCUGGGACUAGACCCGGAGAAGAUCAAUGUCAAUGGAGGAGCCAUAGCCAUUGGACAUCCCUUGGGCGCUACAGGCGCCAGAUGCGUUGCAACACUGCUGCACGAGAUGAAACGUCGUGGUAAAGACUGCCGUUUUGGAGUAGUGUCAAUGUGCAUAGGUAAUGUUCACUCUCUCACCCCAAUCUCCGUUUUUUAG